GGCAGCGUACACGGGAACGCGGUGCCUGUUUUCGCUUUAGCCGCCAUGGUCUGCGCACUUAUGCCGGCAGUUUGUUCCGUUGAAUUCUGCGCCAGCAAGUGUGGGGAUGGUCAUUCAUUUCAUCGCUUCCCGAAUGAUCCGGUGCUCAAGCAAGUGUGGGCCGACUUCGUGCGCCGCGACCGAGGCAGAGACUGGACGCCCAAUAAGCACAGUGUGGUGUGCUCACGACACUUCGUGCCAGACUCAUACACGCGAAACGUGCAGUACUUGGCCGACUUCGGGCUGGAAAGAAAGAAACAGCGUCUCAGACCAAAUGCUGUGCCAACAGUGUACCGCCCCGCUCCAGUCAUAUCCAAGCCUGACGACGAGUGUGCCAAUGCUUGCUUUUCCUUAAACAUCGCCCCGGCGUCGCCUUCGUUAAGAACAGAUCCAACGUUGUUGCACAGUUCUGUCGAUGACGAAAAGUGCGAUGCGCAGACUCAGUGCAUACUGCAAACGGCGACUCGGGCAAUGCUGGCGAAGACAAAGAUGAGAGGCAUUGCGAUCCAAACGGACGAACUGAGAGCUAAGCAGAUGAGCCGUCUGCUGAGUCAGGCACGUUCGACGAUGACUUGCGAGACAUGACCUGCGGAUGCUCCUGGUAAUACAGCUCACUGCGAUAAAGAGAUGCAAGUUGGUACGACGCCAUGGCUGCCACAUCGAUCAAAUGCCUUUGGAACAGUGAACACAAGGUGGCUGUUUUUGAAGCCCAUUGGCCACAGUUGAAGGCAUUGGAAAUACCAAGUGAAGUUUCAUUGUUGCUGACGCAUUGUCUUGCUCUGCGCACUCUCCAACAAAAGUAAACAGCGCAUGAUUUGCUGGUCUAGCCAUCCGAUUCUUCACUAGGUUGUGCAUCAUGCAAUUUGGAACGUUGCAGGGUAGCAUUUGUUUUUGUGCUUGGACGCACUUCUGGUGAUUUUUGUGCCUGAAAGCGGUGACAGUAAACAUUAAACACAAUUUAUGGCAUUGAUGUAUAUCAUGUAAUGCGGCUCACUGUUGAG